AUGUUACUUACUGUUGAUCAUUCGAACGUCGCAGAUAUCAACGACUCAAGCCAAAUGUUAUUAACCAGCGCUGCACCACUUAAUCUGCAAUCACGAAAUGUCAUAAUGCGCGAUUAUCCGUCAACUACGGAUGAAGUUACCAGCACGACGAACACUAUGCCAUUUGCUAGGAAUGCUUCAUCUUUACCAGCAAAUCCACUAACAUCGGCUAAACAUAUUUGUGCCAUAUGUGGCGACAGAGCUUCUGGAAAGCAUUAUGGCGUCUACAGUUGUGAAGGUUGUAAGGGUUUUUUUAAACGAACGGUACGUAAAGAUUUGACUUAUACAUGUCGAGAGAAUCGUAACUGUAUUAUCGACAAGCGGCAGAGGAAUCGAUGCCAAUUUUGCAGAUAUCGAAAAUGUCAGAAUAUGGGUAUGAAAAGAGAAGGUCUGGUUUUUCUGCCUAUGGCAGUGCAAGAGGAAAGGCAAGGAUCGAGAAUGGAAAUCCGGAAAAUUCUUAAUGCUCAGUUGAUUUCUAGUCAAAUGGAAGCAGAAAGUACUAGUAAUUAUAAUGUUGAAAUGCCUCCCGAGAGUAUCGCUGGCGCGGAAGAAGCUUCAGAAGCACUGCUUAACAGCAUUAAGAUUGAAUCAAAUAAUCCAAGUAGUUGUGAAUCAGUUCAGUGGCAAGUUAUGCGAAUAAUUGAUUGGGCUUUAAUGAUACCUUCAUUUGGUGAUAUUCCCGUCGAGGAUCAGUCGAGACUUAUACAUGCUGGAUGGAACGAAUUGAUUUUGGCGGAUAUCGCUUUUCGAUCUACUAGAACGAAGCUAGUGUUAUGGCCAGAGCGGCCAAUGGAAAGGCGAGAAGCCGAAAAGCGUGGUUGCCAUAUACUUUUUGAUCGAAUACUCAUAGAAUUGACUAGUAAAAUGCGUGAACUUGUUAUGGAUCGCAUGGAACUCGGUGCUUUGCGAUCUAUCGUCCUCUUUAAUCCAGAUGUAAGCGGUUUACGAUAUUCUGCGCUUGUCGAUUCACAACGAGAAAAAGUUUACCAAUGCUUAGAGGAAUAUUGUCGACAGCAAAAUCCACAACAAAGUCAACGAUUCGCUAAAUUAUUGCUUCGAUUACCUGCACUUCGUUCCUUAAGUCUUAAAUGCAUCGAAGCGAACGAAUUUAUCAUUUCUUCGCCCUCAACACAGGUAAAACCUGAAAAAAAUGAAGAAUUAACAUAG